UUUUUAGCCCGUGGUCAACUACAAGAUGCUCUUUCCCAUUAUCAUGCUGCUGUUGAGGGUGAUCCUGGAAACUAUUUAACAUAUUUCAAAAGAGGAACUGUCUAUCUAGCUUUAGGAAAAGCCAAAUUUGCAUUAUUAGAUUUUGGAAAAGUGCUCGAUCUCAAACCAGAUUUUACAUCAGCUCGAUUUCAACGGGGUGUUGUUUAUAUGAAACAAGCAUCAUUUGAAGAAGCUAAAAAGGAUUUAUAUAAUGUUUAUAUAAACAAUGGUGAUUUUUCUGCGGAAGCAAAUGAAUUAUAUUCUAAACUGGAUGGUCUUGCUUAUGAUGUAGAUUUAGGAUUAUAUUACCAAGAUCAAAAUGACCAUGCUAGUGCAGUACAAAUUUAUGAUCGAUUGAUAGAGCAUUGUCCAUGGGCCCCUUCUUUGCGUGAAAACCGUUCUCAAUCUCAUUUGAAAAUAGGUAACAUUCAACAUGCCAUAAUGGAUCUACGAACUGCUACAAAGCUUCAAUCUGAUGAUACUGAUGGUUAUUAUAAAUUAUCAAAGCUUCAUUAUAGUAUAGGACAAGUAUCUGAAUCACUUAGAGAAAUUAGAGAAUGCUUAAAAUUAGAUCCAGAUCAUAAACUAUGCCAUAGUCAUUAUAAACAAGUUAAAAAAGUUGAUAAAUUGCUUAUUGACAGUCAAUCAGCAUUUAAUAUUAAAGAUUACUCCAGUUGUAUUACAUUUUCUAAAAAAGUAA